CUUCUUGUUCCAUGUUCCACAUCAGAGAUGCAGUACUUGUAUGAGCAGCAGAGAGUGCUGUUCUCAUGCUUCUUGUUCUUUAUGUUUUAAAUAAAAAGUUGUCCUUACAACAGAGUUGUUACCUUAAUGUAAACACAGUAACGUCAGAUCAGUAGUGAGACGUGCAAUAAAUAUGGGUUGGGAAACUGCCUUCAAGGAAAAGCCUGUUUGCAGCCUCAGGUUUGUUUUCGCUGAAAUGAAACUGAAAGUGUUCAGCAGUCAAAGAGAGGAGCGAGAAAUGAAAGACAGAUAACAGAGAGGAGCGUCGAGGUAAGGGAGGAUAAGAAACGUCAACAUGAGCUUCGUUUGCCACUGCGGUUGGUCCGGUACAACCUACCAGGGUAUGAGAAUUCACCAGGGGAAGAAGGGAUGCAUGCUGAAGGGGCUGAGCAUCCCUCAGAAUGAAUACUAUGGUUCACUUCCUAAACUUGUUUUGGCUCCUCCACUGAAAAUAAAAGAUCCUUGGAUUGACUUCUUCAACACUGAUGAUUCGUCAUACAACUUACCAACUUCAAUUUACCAAGGCCUGACAAUUCACCAGAGAAUGAUGGGACCCGCGCCAAAGGGAAUGAGGAUCCCUGAGAAUGAACAGUACAUCAGGAGACAUAAGUGGGAGGAACCUUAUCGAGAGGACAGCAGGCUGUUUAUCAGUACUCCAGUUAAGGAGGAGAAUAUACUCAUAUCUCCAAACCUGAUGUAUCAAAGAGAUGCCAAGCAAGAUGACUCAAUAGAGCUCUUCAACUCAUUGAUUGAACGCCAACAGCUUCUAAUGGGCGCCAACUUGAACAAUGACCAUCAAGGUUUCACCACUGGUGCACAGCCUUUUCCGAUGCCAGCGUUGCAGGAGAUCAACCCUCAAAACAACCCUGGAGCUGAUGAAAGCACUGUCAAGAAAGAAACAUCAUUCUUUGAGACCCCACAACGCACUCAUCAAACCAUCACCGCCUCAGAAAAAGCCCCUGACAUCUCCACUGAUCUGCAGCAGCCUUUCAUGAUGCCGGCGUUGCAGGAGAUCAACACCCAAAACAACCCUGUAGCUGAUGAAACCACUGUCAAGGAGAUAGAGAAAUCAUUGUUUGAGACACCGCAGCGCUCUCAUCAAACCGUCACUACCUCAGAAAAAGUUUGCAGAGCCCUUGACUUCUCCACUGAUCUGAAGAAAGAAAACGAUAAAGAAAAUGAUAAGGAGAGGGAGACCCAAAAACCGCAAAAGGCAAGACAUGACAGGAUGAGAGCAGAUUUACAGCAGAAUAUUCGUGUGAGAGAUCAAAAGAUGGCUGAAUUCAGAUCAUCUGUUACAGCCUGCAAGGGCAGUUUGGAUGCUGAGUGGCUGGAGGUCAAUGCUGUGUUCUCAGAGGUGAUGAGAGCAGUGGAGGAUGCUCGACAGAAAGCUCUUCAGCCUCUAGAGGAGAGGAGACAGAAAGUGAAAAGAGCAGAACGAGACCUUGUUCAGAAACUCCAAAGAGAAAUUGAUACACUUAGAGAGACCAUCAAGGAGCUGGACAAAAAUCCAGACUGGCAGGGUUCUCAUCUAACAAACCUGGAUGAUUUUACUUUCUGGGAAAAUGCAAUGGUUGAUACCUCAUCCUCCUUCGGGACCCUGAGAACAGUGACUUCAACAAUGAUGAAACAUAUUCAAGAGGCACUGGAAAAACUCUCUCCUGUUGAACUAAAGAGGAUCCCAACAUUUGAAGUGGAUGUAAAGCUGGACCCAGCCACUGCACAUCAGAGCCUUGUUCUUUCUGAUGAUGGGAAGAAAGUAAGAGAUGGCACAAAGAAGCCCAAAGUUCCUGAUACUCCGGAGAGGUUUGAUUUGUUUGGCAGCGUCCUGGGAUGCAACAGCUUGACUUCUGGAAAGUCGUACUGGGAGGUGGAAGUCAGCAACAAAACCGGCUGGGAUCUGGGUGUAGCAAGGGGCAACACAAACCGCAAGGGUAAACUCACGCUUAACCCUGAAAAUGGUUACUGGGUUACAGUACACUUUGAAGACAAGAAGUAUGCAGCCUUGACAGCACCACCAGUCCAACUGUCCCUGAAAGAGAAACCUCAAAAAGUGGGGGUGUUUGUAGAUUACGAGGAAGGCCUCGUGUCCUUCUACAAUGUGACAACCCAGUCUCACAUUUACUCCUUUACUGAGUGUUUGUUUGGUGGUGAGAUCUUCCCAUACUUCAGUCCUCACCUUAAACAAGAUGAGAAAAAUGCUGACCCUCUGAUUAUAUCCCGUGUGCAAAAGAAGAAGUGAAUGUAUCUUGUGGGUGAUCAUUUCAACAAACUUUGUUUUUUUAAACUACAGAUUAAUGCAGAUUUUAUGAUAUUGUGCUGAAGAAGAACUUGCCAAAAUGUAUAUUUUCACAAGACUUUAUUUUAUGUUUGUCAUAGAAAUGUUAAAUGGGGGAGUUAAAUUUCCCCUGUUCAGGAAAUUAGCUAUAGAGACUAAAACAUUUGUACCACGCGGUUUAUUUCUGCAGGAAAAGUGGACUUUUUACUAUUUUGGCCUAUGGGGAUUACCUCACUUCUUCAGCCUUUAUUGGUUUUGUCUCUGUAGCAUUGCACGAUUAGUAACAAUAUUUGUACUAGAUAGCUUGCAUAAUCAGUAUUUUUUUUGUUGUAGUUGUUGUUACUCAGAACAAUGCCCCUUUCAUGAAUAUUUUGGAUCCGUUUCCGAUCUUGAUUCUCUGGAAAUCUAUGAAACGUGAACAGUCUCAGGGAGGGGUAGUUCUCAUUAAGUUAAGGUUCCUGUGUUUUGCAUUAAGUAUUUUUUGCCGAUGAAGAUGAAGUUUGCCACUACUUUUGGAACAGCCACCAUCGCAUAAAAAGUGAAGGUAAAAGUAGGUGAAAGGUAAAAACACACAGAUAUUGAAGGAAGUCACAACAGCAGCCGCAGUUGUGAGUUGUUUAUCAUUGAUAACAAAUGCAGUGUAAAAGGCAGCUGCACAAGUUUUAAAAAGUUGAUGACAAUUUGCAAAAAAAAAAAAAAAAAAAAAAAAAAGCUAUGCUAAUCUAAAACCCAAGACAUUUUGUAUUCACAUAUGGGUAUUACUUGGACAAUGCUAAAAUAAUUUCCUUCAACAUUGUACUCUUGCUUCACUUGCAUUAUAUGACUAAAAUAAAUGUCUUAAGAGUGUA